AUGACCGGCUUUGAAGAACCUGCAGGCGAAGUUUCGUCCAAUCGUCUGAGCCUGUCCCUCUUAUUCCGGGUUGUAACUAAAUACUGCUGCGAGCGCAGCUCAAGCCCUUUGUUGGAGAUGUGUGAGCGCAGUCUCUACAGAGCGGGCUAUGUGGGCUCGCUUCUGAAUCUGCAGUCGCCCGACUCCUUCUACUUUUCCAACCUGCGACCGAAUGGCGGCCAGUUGGCCGCGCUUCCCCCUAUCUCGUACCCACGUAGCGCGCUGCCCUGGGCCACCACGCCCGCUUCCUGCGCCCCAGCGCAGCCUGCUGGUGCCACCGCCUUCGGCAGUUUUCCCCAGCCCUACCUGGCUGGCUCUGGGCCUCUCGGCCUGCAGCCCCUGGGCGCCAAAGACGGAUCCGAAGAACAGGCCAAGUUUUAUACUCCCGACGCGGCCGCGGGGCCGGAGGAGCGUGGCCGUGCGCGGCCGCCCUUCAUCCCGGAGUCUAGUCUGGCCCCUGCGGCCGCUGCUCUCAAAGCGGCCAAAUACGACUACACGGGUAUGGGCCGCGUCGCGCCAGGCUCUUCAACCCUGCUCGAGGGGACACCCUGCUCCGCCGGUUUCAAGGACGACGCCAAAGGCCCGCUCAACUUGAACAUGACAAUGCAGGCCGGCAUCGCCUCCUGCCUGCGACCUUCGCUGCCCGACGGCCUGCCGUGGGGGGCGGCCCCGGGGAGGGCCCGAAAGAAGCGGAAACCCUACACAAAGCAGCAGAUUGCGGAAUUGGAGAACGAAUUCCUUCUCAACGAAUUCAUCAACCGGCAGAAGCGCAAGGAAUUGUCCAACAGGCUAAACCUCAGCGACCAGCAAGUCAAAAUUUGGUUCCAGAACCGGCGUAUGAAGAAGAAGCGCGUGGUGCUGCGAGAGCAGGCGCUGGCAUUGUACUAG